AUGCCCUUUUCAUCUCCCUUCCCACCGCUGCAGAUACCCAAGGUCGACCUUUUGAGCUAUUUGUUUCCGCCCAACACCCCUGUCUCCGACAAACCCAUCUGGAUUGACGCAGAACACCCAGAGAACUGCUUAUCACCUAGGCAGCUGCUUCAAUGGGUCAGAAGAUUGGCGUUUGGGCUGGACAGGCUGGGUGUCAAGCCUGGAGAAGUUGUGGUGACCCUGACACCAAAUCAUAUUUUUGUCCCGGUUGCCUUUUUAGGCAUUGUUGGUUCCAGGCGACUCUUUAGUGGAAUAAGCCCUUCGUUCACUGCCAAUGAGGUUGCGUACCAGCUCCGAGAUACGGAGGCUCAAGCCCUACUUGUGCACCCAUCUGUCGCAACAGUGGCGAUCGAAGCAGCGCAGAAAGUUGGUCUUGGACUAGAUCGUGUUUUUUUGUUUUCUGAUGAGCCAUGCAACCCCAUUCAAGGCCUGAAAGACUGGCGAUCAAUGAUCGGGACGACUGACCAAGGCCAGCAAUGGACGUGGGUCCCAAUGACCGAGCAGGAAUCGCAGUCUGCGCUGGCCACUGUUAAUUAUUCGUCUGGAACAACAGGCUUCCCAAAGGGAGUGAAAAUCACCCAUUACAAUAUCAUCGCCAAUAUCAAACAGAGUGCCUUUGCGAGAUUUCUAUACAAAAGAAACCGCCCCCAGGAGCGGUUUAUAGGUCUUCUUCCGCUAUACCAUGCGUAUGGUCAGCUGUUCACGAUAUCAAUGGUCGUCCCGUUGAACAUCCCAGUGUAUGUCAUGAAAGAAUUCAAUUAUGAGGCAUACCUGCGCCAUAUCCAGACGUACAGAAUAACCAAUUUGCAGAUUGCUCCUCCGAUUCUACUAAUGCUGAUCAAAAGACCUGAAACUGUAAAUUAUGAUCUCAGCAGCGUGACUGAUGCUCUGUGCGGUGCAGCUCCGGUUUCGAAAGAAGCCCAAAACGAAGCAUCUCAGAAAUUCAACUUUCCAAUAAGUCAAGGAUGGGGUAUGACUGAGACCACCUGUGCAGCAAUGUCUGUCCUUGGUGGAAUGCGAGAUGACACGGGUAGUGUUGGUCAGUUGAUACCCAACACGGAAGCCAAAUUGAUCAAUGACGACGGUUGUGAGGUUGGUGACAACGAGCCUGGAGAGCUAUACAUUCGCGGCCCCCAGGUCUGUCUUGGGUACUGGAAAAACGAAGAAGCUACAGCAGAAACAAUUUCUAAAGAUGGGUGGCUGAAAACCGGGGAUAUUGCAGUCGUACGAAACGGGCGGUUUUGGAUCGUCGAUAGAAAGAAAGAACUCAUAAAAGUGAAUGGCUUUCAGGUUGCACCUGCAGAGUUGGAGGCAGUACUUUCAAGCCAUGAAGAUAUUGAAGAUGCCGGCGUAGUCAGAAUCAUACUGUUUGUUCCCCUUGAAGCAGCCUCCAAGGAAUCAACACUUGAAUGGGGAGGAGUAUCCUCGUGCAUACAUUCAACUCCGGCCGAAUGCCAAGGCAAAAUCACACCAGGAGACAUUCAUCAUUACCUGAGCUCGCGAAUCGCUAGACAUAAGCAGCUGGCUGGUGGAAUCUCGUUUGUAGAUGCAGUUCCACGGCUAGCUAGCGGAAAAAUCGUUCGAAAAUUGUUGCGAGAAUGGGCAGUGAGGGACGCUGAUGUAUUAGAAAAGGAAGAUAAAGCUAAACUUUAA